ACCCACUGCUGUUAGGUCACACAAGGGUUUUUCAUCUGGGAAAUAACAUCAAGGAUGGGGAAAGAACAGAGCACCCUGACAAAGCAUGGGUAUGAACUACAAAAAGAAACCAAAAAUGCUGUUGUUGCCACAAAGAAAGAUGACACAUUUUUCAUAAGAAGGAUCUAUUUAAGAAAGGUGGCCGGAAAUGCUGUUCGAGUAUUAACCGAAGAGAUAGAAAUCCUAGAGGCAACAAGUCAUCCUCAUAUUUUGAGCUGCAAGAACUCCUUUAAGGAUGAACAUGAGAACAUUUUCUAUGUAGUGAUGGACUACUGUCAGGGAGGAAACCUUGCUGCAAAAACCAUGAGAGAGUCUCCACAAGAAUCUGAGGUACUGAGCUGGAUUGUUGAGAUUUUUAUGGCUUUGAGAGUCAUUCAUGAAAGCGGCUUGCUUCACAACCAUCUGACACCAGAGAACAUAUUCCUCACAGAAUUUGGAAUUUUGUGCUUGGGUGAUUUUGGAAAAAUCCAUGAAAUUUCAAAAAGAACUCAGUCAACCACUAUUUCAAAUGUGCUGGAGAUAAAAUAUUUGCCGCCAGAGGUUUUCACAAGGGGGACCUAUGAUGCUAAAAGUGAUAUUUGGUCAGUGGGAUGCAUACUCUACGAGCUCUGUACUCAAAAACCAGCGUUCUCAGCAGAGACCACAGUCAAGCUCAUACCGAAGAUCAUUGGUGGUGAUUCCCCGUGUCUCCCAGAAACGUUCUCACCAGAGCUUUGUCAGCUCUUGAUUGACAUAUUCAGUCAAGAUCCUCAAUCAAGACCAACAGCCAGUGAGAUCCUGGAGCGUCCCUUCAUCAUAAACUGUCUUUCAAACAUGAGCAAAAAAACUGUUGAGGAACUCCAGAUCAAGCUGAAGAACCUAAGAGAAGUGGCUGACGGUUUGGAACGUGUGCAUUUGGGCACCACCAUUGGCAGUCUGACAGGAGGAGUGAUUGGAGCAGUGGGGGGGGUUACAUCCAUAGUGGGCCUUAUACUGGCCCCCUUCACUUUGGGAGCCUCUCUUAUUGUCACUGGGGUUGGAGUGGGGGUGGGUGCACUAGGUGGCGUCACUGCUGGUGCCUCAAAUAUCACAAAUAUGGUCAAUCAUUCCUCUGAUCGCAAAGCUGUUCGAAGCAUCCUUAAAGAGUUUGAACAGAAAAUUAAAGCAGUUGUCACCUGGUUAGAGGAGAUUACCAACAGUUUACAGAACAUCAGGAGCAGAUGUGGCUCAGCUGACAAAGCUGACACACGUGACACUGCGGAUAGCCAGUUCAAUACAGAAAAUCUAAUGAAGAUUGGCUCCAGGGCAGGGAGGGGCAUAGGUUCCAUUGCUGAACUGGUUCGACUAACUCAAGUGAUGAACAUCGGCAAGAUCGCAGCACAGGCAUCCAGGGCAGUACGUGUGGCAGAGGUAGCAACAGGUGUGCUUUCUGGUUUAUUUGUAGCAGUAGACAUCUUUUUUAUUGCCAUGGAUGCCAAAGAGAUACACCAUAUUAGACAGGCAGAGGGAGCAGUGAUGCAGGAGACAGACACAUCAGAGAAACAUGACCAGUCUUCCAAAAAUACUACCCGAGUCAAAUCUGAGAUCAUGAGAUUUGUCCGAUCAAUCAGGGAGGCAGCAGACAACUUGCAGAAAGUCCUGGAUGAGUUUGAAAGUAUCAUCUCUUCUAUCCCUUCACUUGGGGUUGAGAGUGACCUGGAGUGGCAAGAUAUGGAUAAUACUGUAACCAAUAGAUUCAAUUAAAUCGAAUCAGAAGCACAUGAUGUUAUUCAUUUCAGUGUAAGUACACAAAGUACAAAAUUCUGAUUGUGCUCCCACCUAGUGUUUGUUCCAUGCCUCGCUCCCACUCUACACAAUUCAUCAGUUCACGUUAUCAAAUUGUUGUGCAACACGACAUCACAUUUGGGUGUGGACAAGUCUACAUCAAACCAAAUAGUGUACUUAACCCUUGAUAAUAAAUCAAAACGGGCUUCUGACUUUAAAGAUGAGUUUUAAAUACAAGUACUUUAUUAAUGGAGUCAAUUAAAAAAAUUCUAGAUCUUAUGAAUAAUACUGUAAUAUACAAGAGACAUAUUUAUAUUUAAGUUAAUUCACUUCUAUUACCAGGCAAGGUAACCUUUAAAAAAAAAAACUAUGAUGAAAAAAUAUUCUGACAGUCUAAUGAAUCAUGAUCCAAUUAGUAACGUUCUUCAGUAACUGUAUACUGAUCAAUAUUGUAUGGUAAAUUUAGGUUUUUUUUUCCUUUGUCUUUUUUCCAUUAUUUGGUACAUUAAUGCAAUAUACAGUAAAAGCCCCUUGGCUUUGAAAAAUUCUUACUUUGAUGACUUCUAGUGGUAAUAUCAGAAGGAACCCUGUGGCACACCACAAGCAACCUGGCUACACCCACAGAUCCAAGGUAUGGACCCUGGCAUCAAAGAGUUCAAAGCCACACGAACUAUUCCAAUUUUCCCCAAAGCAGUAACUUAUGCCAUGAUUGUAAUAUGAAAGAUGAUUUGAUUACACUAACAUUCUACACAGAGGGGUUUUAACUGCAUUAAAACAUGCAUGCUUAUUUUAGUUCAAUUUCAUCUUGGUGGAUAAUUUUGUAUAAACAUGAGGAUCAUGACAUGCAGCUCUUUGGUACAUAACACUGUAAGCUUGUGAUUAUAUAAAUGCAUUUAUAAUACAUAUGAACACUGUACACAUAUAUACUGAUGAAAAAUAAAC